AUGUCUGGACACAAUGUAAAUGUUUGUGAUAUUGGAGACGACGUGAAAGAGAAGUUAAAAAAGUUUCGCUUUCAAAAACACACAUCCAAUAGCGCUUUGAUUUUAAAGGUUAAUCGUGAAAAGCAAGCUUUAGAAGUUGACGAAGAACUGGAAAGUAUAGAGCUGGAAGAACUACAGGAUAUUCUGCCCUCUCAUCAACCAAGAUUUAUUGUCUACAGUUACAAAUUGGAGCAUAGUGAUGGUCGAGUUUCAUUUCCAAUGUGUUUUAUCUUCUACACCCCUAGGGAUGCACAUAUGGAGUUACAGGUGAUGUACGCAGGUACACAGCGCGCCUUAGCCGCGGCCGUCGGCGCCCCGCGAUUACUCGAAGUCAGGGAGAUAGACGAACUGACCAACGAAUGGCUUAACGAUAAAUUAAAACGAUAG